CGUGGUACAGCAGAGGUAAUGCCCCUUGUAUGAAGGUCUCAAGUAACACAGGCUUGGCUGUAUUCCUGUUGGGAAUAACAAGGCUGCUGGAGUUUAUCUGACCUCAAACUGAAAGUGACUGUUUGUAAGGGCGGUGCCUAACGGCUGACUGAAGUCGUCGAAUUUUGACUCGUCAGCUGUAUUGGGUGUGUUUGUGUUUCUAGCAGUGGAGGGCACACCAUUCAAGAGAAGCUGUAGGCAUGGCUUUUGUGUGUAAGGCAAACUGAUCGGGCGUAUCUGUCAGGUAGUGCUCUCUUGCAGCAAAGAAGAGCUACCGAUUAUUAUCCAAAGUUAGCAUAUUUAAACGUCCACUUUAAACUGUGCUCGACUCCGGCAUACUUGACAGGACUACUAGAAAUCUGGAGUCAUAAGUUGUACUGAGUACUGACCGGGUAGGCGUGCAAGCUCUUGCAGUUAUGUUGGUUCGUAGUGGGGUUUAGAGAGGAUGAUUUGGAACCCCCAGAUCUAUUUCUUCGUGGGCAUCCACUGCUUUUUGCGAACCUUUCCCCGAAAGGUGUUUGGUUUUCCACAGUCACUUCGAACAAAAACUGGGGAGAAAAAAGCGCUGUUUAUAUAAUAGAUUGCUAGACGUUCCUUAAGUGUUCCAUAUUUUCUGAAGCAGCAGGACGGUGAAGUUGGCACUGUUACUAUCCUUUGUUUAUAGGCUUGAUACCAAGGACAUUUGGCAGCGAGGUGCUUUAAGCAGUGGCUCCUGUUCAGGUGUUUCAUUAACCAUUACUUGCACUUAUUCUGUGGGUCACUGACAGGAUGAUGCCCUCGUUACUUCCUUGUCUAAGGACUGCUGUGCGCUCCGCUACUUCUCUGCAGCAGCAGCUUCGCCCUGGGGGCAGAGCUGUUAUAAAUCGCUGGAAUACUCUACCAACUGCUGUGCACUUUCCAGCCAGCCGAGGUCUGGGCACCCACCCAAGGAAGGAGACAAUGGAGCCCCUGAAUUCUGCACAAGGAGCUCGUGAUUUCAUAUACAGCCUACAUCCGAGUGAGAGAAGCUGUCUGCUACGGGAGCUGCACCGGUUCGAGUCUAUUGCUAUAGCCCAAGAAAAACUGGAAGUUGCCCCUCCAACAUCAUCACAGUUGAGACAUGUGUUUUUUCACAAUGCAUUACCAUUCGUAGGAUUUGGGUUCCUGGAUAACGCUAUCAUGAUUGCCGCGGGAACACAAAUAGAGAUUUCUAUUGGAGUUAUUCUUGGGAUUUCAACAAUGGCAGCUGCUGCUUUGGGAAACCUUGUGUCUGAUCUGGCUGGAUUAGGUCUGGCAGGCUACGUGGAAGCAAUAGCUUCAAGGCUAGGUCUCCAAAUCCCUGAUAUGACACCAAAGCAGGCAGACAUGUGGCAAACGAGGCUAAGUGCCCAUCUGGGCAAAGCUAUAGGGAUCACUCUUGGCUGCCUUUUAGGAAUGUUUCCAUUGCUUUUCAUUUCUGGAGACGAAGAAGGAAAAGAAGAAGAGAAAAAUGAAUCUGUUUCAUAAUACACUUAAACAAACUGUUGUACCACAAGUAUUUUGUUACCCGUUGCUGCACAUGAUGUGGAAUUCCACAUGGCACUGAACAACUACCAACAACAUGAAGAAAGGGGAGCAUUUUCAACCCCUGUAACCUAAAAGAAGGCUUAAAUAUAUGUAAACACUAACUUAUUAUAUAUUCUGGAAAGUACAUACAUUACAUUCAUGGAUUUUCCUUUGUUAGACUUAAUGCUCAAUAGAUGUCUAAUGUUGCAACCAACCUUUCCAAGGCUGGAUAUCCGUCCAUAGGUGAAACUGUAGCUAACUGCCAGCUAAGCUAAUUAUUCUGGUUCUCAUUUGAUCCCCCAGUGGUCAGGGGUCACCACAUAGUUAUCUAAAGGAUCAAGAUGCAAGCUUGGUUUGUAAUAGCAAUUUUUCCUUAUUUUCAGCACCUUGUUUGCUCCCACAUUGAGGUUUUCCUGAUUAAUGUCUGCUGCAUUUUUUUAUGUUUGCUGCUCGUGAUUUUGAUGACAUAAUGCAAGUUGCUUGUAAAAAGAUUCUGGAUAAGUCUGAAGUGUUGAAUAUAAUCAUAAAUUCGAAAGAUGAUUCUGAGCAGAAAAUGGGGCUGUAUGAAAGGCUAACAAUAAUGUAGAUGACCAGGUGGGAUGAGGGUUUAUGAAAUCUGACAAGAAGAUUUAACUUCAUGUACUUCUCCCCAUUCGCAGUACGGAAUUAUUUCAGUAGUGAUUUACUAAUGCUUAUCAUUUCUAUAUCUCGUCAGGAAUUAAUAUACAGAAAGCAUAGUCUAGCGUGUUUUAAUGUUCAGUCUAAUGAAAAAUAAUAUUUUUUUACUGACAAUUUAGUACACAGUUUUAAGCUUUUACAUAGUCAUGAACAAAAUUUUUUUUUUUUUAAAUCUGGGCAUUCUGUUUCUCUUCUUAUCUAGUAGUUUGUGUACAGUCGUUGGAGUUCCAGUAAACUUAAAGAUUGUUAAAGAAAAUAGCGACAUCAAGUCACAGGUCUUUUAAAGCUUUGCUGGUUGGGCUUAGUCUUUCAUAGCAGUGGAUGGUAUAUCAGCCAUGGUGGUCAUGCAGUGUAGGGAUUUCUAGUUUCUGAAGGACCAAACCUAAAGUCUGGAGCUUGGUAGAAUAUUCAACUUUGAAGGAGAGCUGUUACUGGUGUACCGGCAUUACACACAGGAGAGCUCAUUGUAACCAGUUAAAGUUGUACUGGAGCGUGCCACUGUAACCAGUUAAAGUUGCACUGGAGCAUGCUAUUGUAACCAGUUAAAGUUGCACUGGAGCAUGCUAUUGUAACCAGUUAAAGUUGUACUGGAGCGUGCCAUUGUAACCAGUUAAAGUUGCACUGGAGCAUGCUAUUGUAACCAGUUAAAGUUGCACUGGAGCGUGCCAUUGUAAUCAGUUAAAGUUGCACUGGAACGUGCCAUUGUAACCAGUUAAAGUUGCACUGGAGUGUGCCAUUAUAACCAGUAAAUGUUGCACUGGAGCAUGCCAGCUAUUUAUGGUCAUCUGUGAUGGUGUGUGUGGCAUAUGGAAUGUGUCGCGCACUGUCUGCUGCACCUUACGUGUGCCAUAAGCACUGUGCAAGCUUUGUGUUCAUUGAUGAACUUGUCCCAUGAACCUUGCUUUGUAACACUGGUCCUGCCAUAGGAGAUCAGGUAAUUGAGCAACAAAAAAUGACUUGAUGUAAGGUACUGAACAGAGACUGUGUAAAUAAAAAAGAGAGAUAAAAUUACUAGACAGUUAUGAUGAUUGUCAAGUUACCCUGUAAUAAUGGAUUUAGGAAGACAAAGCCCAUGUAUUGUUUUUAGUAGUAUAGCUGCUAUUCUGGUACUGGAACUGCUAUGGGACUGAAGUAAUGGAAGAAAAAAUUCCACUGUAGUAAACAGUGUUGCCAGUGGGAAAAAUCUGUCCUUUUAGCUUCCAGAAAAAAUUAAGCUUAUUUUAACUGACGAGUCCUUGAAGCUUGCAGUGACUUUCUGUAGUUGUUUGCCCUCAGUAUGUACUUGCUAGCAAAACCUUGUUAGUUCAUUUUCAUUUUUUGGGUACACCUCUGAUAUGCUUCACAUAUAGAAGGUACUGUGGUUCUUCAACAUCUGUGUUGAGCAAAUCUAGCCAGGAUGUCUUCCAUUUGUUGGUGUAAGCCACAUAUAGGAUCAGAUCCUAUUUGAAUGAUUGUUUUAUGCUUUGUCACUUCAUCAUGCAUUGUUCAUAAUUCCGCCUUCCUUAACUGCAGGUAAUUUAAAAUAGUACACCUGCACACUGACAAUGAGAAAUAAACUAGAAGUACCAGCACAAUAGAGACAUUUAAAAGUAAGUCUUAAACAUAUAGGCAUCACUACAUGUUAUUUGUACCCCACUUCCAUGUAUGUAAGUAAGUCAUAUUUUGUCAUGUAGCGUAUUUAUAUAAUAUGAGAGCUGUGUGGUCUGUAUAGUAUUUAGUUGGAUUCAAUGUUAAAUGAGCAUAGGAAAAAAACUUUGGCUUAUGAAGUAUAUUAAAAUGAAACAAGUUGUUUGACUCAUAAAUUCUAAUUUUAUACAUCAGAGCAGGAAGUCUGGGCAAAGUUGCACACAUUAUAUUUACAAGGUUGUCUUCAUAGUUUUUUUUCUAGAAGUUGCCGUUGUGUCUCUGACGUGUAAGCUUUUUCAGCUGUAGUUUGGACUGUUCUCCUUUCUCCAGGAGGGGGAAGAUUUCAGAGUUUUUGACUAAACAGUAUAACCUCUUUUUGCUGGUCUGUUUAUCUUGUACAAACUGAAAUUGCAAAACCUGCCAGAUUAUAAAACUCAGCUGUUCUGUUUUGAUUUGCUGUCUAAUGCCAUACCUCAUAGUUCAGAUCCGUUUGACUCCUGGCUUACUUUAUAGGCAUUGCUAAUCAUCCAUAUGGGUCUGACAUACUCUAGAAUACCAUCAUGUCUUUUAAAUGAGUAGUGCAACAAUGCAGUCUAAAUUUAAAUUUGAAUGCUUACUUUGGCCUACCUCAUAAUUUGUAAAAUCGAGUACAGUUGAAAUUAGUAAUCUGAAUCAAAUUAAAAACAUUAUUUUUUAUGUUUUCAUUCUUUACCUUUAAAGUAAUAUUAAUUGGGAGUUAUAGCUACAGCACACCUGUUUUCUUUCUCCAUCAGUAUCAUUAUGAGAAAAUAUUUUUUAAGUAAAGGGGCAGAUGUUUUACUUAACUCCCACCCUUAUAUAAUGGUACUAAAACAAUAACUUUGUCUACUGUUGAUAUUAUCUUUUUCAGGUAAACUUCCCACAUUGUGCUUUCGUGUGUACUAAUGUAGAUCCUAUUCACAGUAUAUAUUUUUAUUUUUAUUACUGUCCAGUUUCUACUAGGGAAGCUGUCAUAUUUUCAUAUAUCUGCUGGGCAUGUUUAGUUUUAAAAAUGACCUGAUAUUAAUGACUAACUAUGUAUGUACAUCAGGAUGAUUCCCAGCACCCUGUAGACCUGUUGUGUCCUCAUCUGCCUGGAACAGCACACUACAUCACCCUUCCAUUGAGAUCAUCCUUCUUUGUGAUGCACCUUACCUUUGGCUAGUGGAUGGUGAGAGCCAGGUGCAUGGGUCAUAGUUACCUACAGCUAAUGCACACCUUUGGCUGGGCUGCAUGUCACAUCAGCCCUGUUAAUAUCAGUGACAUAUGUGUGUGCAGUAAUGCUGCCCCCCCCCCCCCCCAGCCAGCUGAUGAAUGUAGUAACUAAGUUCUGCUCGCCAUCUGGGGAAGUUUCUGCAGUAGUAAGGAAAGCUCUCCUUCCCCUCCCAUUCCUGCACAGCACAGUAGGCUUAUGGCCGUUUGGACCAACUCCCCAGUGACUCUGUAGACACUGGGUCUGCUGCUCAAAUACCAGGUCGGUCACCUGCUUCAUACUCAGCAAUGUAAUCUCUACACUGCUGAAGCCAGUCCUGUAUAUCAGGAGUUUUAUGAAGCAUCUCCUGUUGUUUUACCAUUCAUUGUAAACCUACAGCCUGCAUUGUUUGUAACAGUUUUGUAACUAAAAGACUAAUAUAUACAUUUAAAAUAACCAGUAAUGUACCUAUCCAAUUAUAACCAGAGUGAUGGACAUUUUCUACCUGUUCAUGUUAUUUAACUGUCAACAUUUUUUUAAUUAUUUCAUCUUGUAAUUAUACAGGUAUUUAUAAUCUACUAAUAAUUUCAGUAGUAGUACGAAAGUUAAUAAACUGGAUAGCGUUCUGAAAAGCCUUCGUCUCUCCCCUCCCCCAUUAGUUGUCUUUGUUGCUACACUUUUAAAAUGUUAAAUGUAGGAUUACAUUUACAGAUCUUUUUAAAUGAAUGAGUAAUCUUUGUAAAUUUUCCUUUUUAGCAUGAAAUGGGAUGAGAUUAAAAACAGAUAAAUUAAACUGCCAUGGAAAAAGUCUUUGAACAAAUGUUGCACAACUGUGAAAAUAUUUGUUACGUCUGAAGCAUAGUUCUCUGAUGUAUUCAGUGUUAAUUUUUAUGAGACUGCAUUUCAUUGUUGUUGUUCUGUUUGAUAUUGUUGUGAUAAAUAUCUCAUAGCAGCUGUUGUAAGACAAUACCUACAACAUCAUGAUCAUUUCAUUACAAACCUGUGCAUUGCAUUCAUCUCCAGUAAUGUGUGAGUAUAUUUACUUUUUGAGUCAUUGCUUAUAAACAAAAUUAAUGUCGUUUAGCUUUCUAGUUCACUGGAAGAUUAUGUACUGUCACAGACAUGGUUCCUUACAGCUGACUGUUCACACACACACACACACACACACACACACACACACACACACACACACACACACACACACACAUUUUUUUCCUGACUGUGCACUUUGCAAUUUGACCUGCAAACUCAUGCAUGCUUCAUUUUUUGUAGUAAUAUACAUCUUUUCUGAAAUAUGGGCAUAUAUGUGGGCACUCUCACACACCUACAGACUCUAGCUGUGCAUUUAUACAUGUAAAUAGGUAGAAACAUGCACCCAUAUUUUGUCUCCACUCUGCACUGCACUACAUGCAUGCACGCGCACACACGCGCACACACACACACACACACACACACACACACACACACACACACACACACACAUUUUUUUCCUGACUGUGCACUUUGCAAUUUGACCUGCAAACUCAUGCAUGCUUCAUUUUUUGUAGUAAUAUACAUCUUUUCUGAAAUAUGGGCAUAUAUGUGGGCACUCUCACACACCUACAGACUCUAGCUGUGCAUUUAUACAUGUAAAUAGGUAGAAACAUGCACCCAUAUUUUGUCUCCACUCUGCACUGCACUACA